CUUCCAGAACCUUCUUCUUUUUCUCUCUCUCUCUUUUACUUUUCCAUUUUUUCUUUCAUUUUUCCUCCGAAUUCUCUAGUCACCCCCAUACCACGUUUAUGCUCGUCUUUGCAGUCCUCACUUCCGUUCCUCAAGCCUUCCAACAGUGAGUGCCACCACACCUCUGUGCCUCUGUCUGCUGGACCAUUGUUUUCUUCUUUACCAAAUCCGCUAUUGUUUUGACAGAGGAACCAUGAAUUCUAUUCUAGCUUCCUCUUCACUCUUUUAAUGAUUGAAGAGUUGAAGGGUUGUUGCCAAAUCCAAUACCCACGUAUUUAAAUGCCCAACUUCUUCGUAAAUUUUGGAGAAAUUAUUUGGAGCCCUCGACUGUUGGUUCUCUGAUAUGUGUCUGCCCUGUACUGGAAGUGUUUGUGAAACAGUUUUAGCUUGUGGGUUAAGAAAAUGGCGCCUCCGGAAGUUUCCCAAUCCGACAUUGAUUUGGAACAGGGGAAUCAUCGGCGGUCUGUUAGUGGUAGUGAUUUGAGCGCCGAUUGUAGCGUCUAUUUCUCUGACCCCGAUGAGGGUUCGUGUCCCUCUCAGUUUUUGUCGACCAACGGUGGUUCUUAUGAUGAGUUUAGGUUUUCUUUUGUUUCUCAGCCGGAGGUUGGGGUUGCUUCGGAUUCUCGCCGAGUUUCGUCGGUUUCGGUUCAUUCGGUGGAGGUUGAAAAUGAAAAUGGGAUUUCUGAAAUCAAGGUGCAUUUGGCUAAAGUAGAGAGGGAUUGCAGGAUUUGUCAUUUGGGUUUGGAGAGUAAUAGCCAAGAGUCUGGAAUCCCAAUCGAAUUGGGUUGUUCGUGCAAGGAUGAUUUGGCUGUUGCUCACAAGCAUUGUGCUGAAACCUGGUUCAAAAUUAAAGGAAACAAGACAUGUGAGAUUUGCCAUUCCAUUGCACAAAACAUUGUCGAACCAAAUGAGGUUGAGUUAACAGAGCAAUCUAAUGAAUCCAACAACGCCUCCUCAACAACUGCGGUUGCUGCAUCAACUCCCCCAUCAGACUCCCAAAGCUUCUGGCGUGGGCACCGGUUUCUGAAUUUUCUGCUUGCUUGUAUGGUAUUUGCUUUUGUUGUAUCUUGGCUGUUUCACUUCAAUGUGCCCACGUAGCGAUCAAGGAACUUGCAGAAGUUGUAGCUGCAAAAGACCCUCCCUCCAGAGAAUUGCCUACCAAGUGUCCACAUGUACCUCUCCCAACAUUCUCCACAAGUUUUUCAACGCACUAUCAUUCAGUUCCAAGUUACAGAGAAAUGUGGUUCAGCAAGAACAUGGUUGAUGAUUCUGAGUAUUCCACUGGGCAUCAUCCUUCUCUAUUCUUAUUAUGGAUUUUCGAUAUGGUUUCUCUGGAUGGUUUGUUGUUAAAAGUAUUUAGUUAUUGAGCGUUGAUUGUGGCGAUGUACAGGAGAAACACAUGAACAAGCUCUGUGCUUUCUCAAGGUCCCAUCUUUACAGUGAAAUGAAGAGGUGAUAGAAAAUGAUAAAAAAGAGGCCAAUCUUUUAUUUGC